AUGGAAAAUCUAGGUAUAGGAAAUCCUGUGGAGAUAAUGAAGGAAUACACUAAGAUGAUGAUGGAAAUGAAAGCUAGGAUGGAUGCUAUGGAGGUGAAAACAGGUGCUCUUGAGAAGGCUAAUGAGGAAUUGAAAUUAAAUUAAGGAUGCUGAUAACGAGAAAAAGCUAAAGACCCUUGAGAAGGACAAUAGGAAGCUGAAGAAGGAGAGUGCUGCUAAUAAAGGUGCUUUGGGUAAACUCAGGAAUGAUAACAGGAAGUUGAAAAGGAAUAUUGCAUCGAUGAAGGUUGGCGAAGAGGGGAUUGAAGUUAUAGGUGGAUCAACUACUCCAACAUUGCAUACAAUAAAUUAUACGAAGACUGGUGAAAGUGAUGAGGGAACAGUUGAGAAGUUCUCUUUAGGUAUAAGUCGACCUGACUUUGGUGGGCAACUUGAUGUGAGUCGUGAGAUUGUAAGUAAUUUGCUCAAAUCUGUUCUUGACCAACCAAUUAAGUUCACUGAGACUCUUGUGUUGAAAAUGGUGAAGGGUCUUCUCAGUAAGAAUGCUGCUGUUGAUCUUCCAAUGGAAAGUGAAACGAUUACCGUUAUGAGCGCCAUUGAAGUUGAAGAUCGUGGUAGUAAUUGGAGGGUGAUUAUGGUUGAGUCACAUGAAGUUGACGUUGUUCAUUUCAAUCCAUUGGUUGGCAGUUCAUUUAUCGAGUUACCUGCUCCUUUGAAGUCAAAGAUUAAUGGGUUAAUUAACAUUGAGAAUAUGGAUGACAACGACUGCUUUAGGUGGUGUCAUGUGAGACAUUUGAAGCUGAAGGAGCAGAAGGCAAAUAAGAUUACCAAGCCUGAUAGAGAGUUUGCUAAGGUACUUAAUUAUGAUGGUAUUGAGUUCCCUGUGAGGAUCGAUGAUAUACCUAAGAUUGAGGUGGCAAAUGAGAUUAGAAUUACAGUGAUCAUGUUGAAGGGAGAAAAGAUGUUCUUCCCUAGGUAUACAUCGAAGUUUGACUAUAAGGAUCACAUGGAGUUGUUGUUAAUGGAGGACGGUGAGGGAAAUACCCACUAUGUCCUUGUGAGGGAUAUUAGCAUGUCACUCAGUAGUUUACAUAAGACGCAGCAUAAAAGAUAUUACUGUCUUAGUUGCCUUAAUGGGUUUAACUCACAGAAACGAUUAGAUGAGCAUGUGGAGACAUGUAGAGAGGUAAAUGGGACGCAGAAAACUAUGAUGCCAAAGAGAGGCAGUAAAGCAACCUCGUUCCCAGGCUCUUUGCUCUUGUGAAGCAAAGACCCUGGUCGGGGCUGGUCACGUGACCCAUAGAAAAUUGAUAACCUAAGAGGGGGAUGGAAAAGUAUCAAAUUACAUGUUUCCACUUCCGCACCUCACACUUCGAUUGCAAGGAGUGACCGUUCUAUACAAUCAUCUUUGAGAAUCAUAUAUACUUCAAAAUACUUGCUAAAUUGGUUUCUGUUUGCUUUUAAAUUAUACAAACAUGCUAAACUGUAGAUUCUUAUAGCAACAAACAAGUCAGAAAAUCAAGCAACGAAAACGUAUGAUCGUAUAUGCUUGGAAAUAUUUGCCCUUUUAUUGUCUCGCGGGGUUAGGGCGCAGUUUCAUUUCACGCGUACGUUUCUGUAUCUGGCUCUGGUUCAGAUACGUAUAAUAUUCUUAUAAUGUGCCAUUGAAUUGUUGUCAUAUGGAAACGGUAUAAAUUUUGUUAAAUAGAGGUCUCAAAAGCGACUGUGUAGGUCGUAGGCGUAGCGCCUUGCUGGUCCUACAGCAAACGUUACAUAUUUGGACACUAGCCAAAUAGACAUUGAUUGUCCAUUCUAUUGAUUCUAAAACGGUUUAUAGACAUAGUGCUCUAGAUUUUUUUAAAAAGGUUAUCAUCGUUUAUAUUCAACACAAGGUAGGAAGGAGUGUUAACGUACAUGUACAAAAUUGUUUGGGAUCAACAGUAAAGAAUUAUACGACAAUUCACAACUGUAUGCAUUUCCUUUUUUGUCUGCACGAGUACCUGUUUGUUGAAGCCAAAAUCACUAAAUCAGAUUGCACAGAAUCUCCGAUAUGAAUUAUAUAGCCAUUCACCCUCGCCCCUUGAAUGCAAAGGAAUGAUAGCCGAAAAGGUUUAGCAAAGUAUUUUUUAUUAUAUCUGGUAUAAAGUGUCCCUACGUUUUAUCAGGGAUAUAUAUAUACAUAAUUCAUAAACUGUAUAUAUGCGCACGAAGUCCAGCUCAUAGAAUUACUUAAUUAAUGAGUUUUAAUAAGCCUUUUAAAGUUUCCAUUGAUAGAUAGGUUGUUUGCCUCUAGUAUGGUUUGGUGAAACUGCUAAAAUGUCAUUUAUACAGUAUACGAUAAAGAUUAUUUAAAGUUGAUUUAAAUAUUGAUGACGCACAGCAGCAUUAUACAAGUCGAAAGAAGCUGUCGGGUUAUUCUUCAAAUAUAAAGCACUGAAUGGGCAAUGGGAAUGAAAGGUCUUUAUAAGGUUUAUAAAUUAAUGUACCUGCUGUAAAUUACUGUAACACACAAAAUAUGAAAUAAUUUACUAUGAAGUACAAUACCAGUGUCUGGUGCAAUCUGGUGCAUAUAUCGUCCUAAAUAUUCAAGUUAUAUGUACCGCACGCACGGAAACGCACAGUGGUCUUGGUGUUCGUCUGAUGACAGAUAGCUAUACUUCGAGUCUUCGACAUAAUCAUUCUUGAUCGUCGAGUUUCAGCAAUGUAAAUGAAAGGAAUUUUACAGUCCAUAACGGUUUUAAUCCUGUGCUUUCACAGUCAAGAUAGCACUAUUGUUUACACACAGUUAGCGAUGUUUGGGAAAUCUUCCAUUAUAAAAUAAAUCCUUUGGCUUUGUUGAAUAUCGGACAGGAUACACUUCAACAAUAAACAACCAUAUCGUUCAUUUAGUAUCGUUUGAUCGUCAGUCGGUAUAGAAUUGGGAAGACUUAUAUGUUUCUACGGCGAUGCGUGCUCAACUUCGCAAGCCAGGCGCGUGUGGAGUCCUUGGAAGUGAAAUAUGAUCCAGCUUGUCGCUUGAAAUGUACCGCAACACUUAUUAUUGAUGACAUUCAGUAUAGCAGGAAGUUGUGUCAUGAUGAAUACGAAUUUAAAACUGUUCCUUUCACGAUUUCUUGUUGCAAAUUACAUUUUUAUCACCCGAAACUAUAACACAUAAAAUUGCAAUUUUCCAAACGUAACAAACAGACUCCUCUACCACCCCUCCCUGAGAUCAAUUCAAUUUACCACGCAGAAUCUGCGGGGUCACGUGACCAGCCCCGACCAGGGUCUUUGCUUCACAAGAGCAAAGAGCCUGGGAACGAGGUUGGCAGUAAAGUGGUGUUCAAGAAUCAUAGGAGACAAUUACCAGUUCAGUUUGUGAUAUAUGCUGACUUUGAAUCAUUGUUGAUACCCGUUGAUGGAAAAGGAGAAUGUUUACGUAAGACGCAUAGUCAUGAGAUGUGUAGCUAUGGGUUUAAGAGAGUGUGUUACUAUGAUGGUAAGUAUGAUGGUGAAUACAAGAGUUACAGGGGAGCCGGUGCAAUUGGAAGAUUCUUAAGUGAUGUUGUAGCUGAAGCCGAGGAAUGUAAUAGGAUUAUUCAAAAUGAGUUCAACAAGGUGGCAAUUAUGAGUGUUGGAGACUAUAAGGAGCUUGAGAAGGCAACUGAGUGUCACAUCUGUAAUGGAAAGUUCACCAAGGCUGAUGGGAAGGUGUUAGAUCACUGUCAUGUCACCGGCAAGUUCAGAGGUGCGGCCCAUAACUCGUGUAACUUGAAUUUUAAGUUGACUGGUAAGAUUCCUGGUAAGAUUCCAUAA